CGCCCGGCCCGCAGUCCUGCUGGCAAUUCGCAGCUACAUAUGCCCCCAUCCACGGCCACACCUCCCUCCGCCAUGCGACGCUCGAAAUGUCUACCGAACCCCUCACUCCCGCGCAAACGCACGCCCUCUUCGACGUCCUGAUCCACCACCAGCUAUACUCCGAGAUCGAAGCCUUCAAGCACCCGGUUACCAUCGACCAGUAUGGCUUCCCGUUCCGAAAGGCGGACGGCGUGCAGACGACGUCGCCGCUGCUGCAGAAUAUGCUGAACAAGUUUGCGCUGCGGCUGCCGGGCCUGAACAGCGUCGGGCUAGAGUUCUGGCAGGAGAAGGUGCGGUUGCUCGUCGCGAAGCUGGGCGAUGCCGAACUGAGCGAGAGCUACGACAAAGGCGCCAUUGGCGCGAGAAAGGCUCUUGCGACGGCUACAAGCAGUCUGCUGGAGUAUGUGGCCCGAGGCAUGCUGGGCGGGUAUCCCGUCAAGCGGAAGGAUGAGGACAAGAAAGAGUACGACACCAGCAAGCCUGAGGACAUACUGCAGGCAUGGGACGACGGCAUGAGAGAGCUGAUAUAUGGCGACCUCCUAGAUGAGCUUUUCACAAAGAUGGCUGAGACGGAUAAGCUGGAAGACCACUCGAGCCUUGUCCAGGCGGCGCACGAGUACAUUCUGUUGAACCUCGCAUCCCUUCUACACCAUGUCUUCAUAAUGUCGCCGGACGGCCAGUAUCUCAUCCGCCUAAUCGAGAACGUCCACCGCCUGGUCCCAUACACCCUCGUCAGGCAGACGCUGCGCGUAGGCAAUGCCGCAACAAUGAUCAACGGCAUGGUCAGGCUAGUUCUCACAAAGCUGUCCGUCACAGCCGUCACAAACUGGAUAGGUCUCACCAAUAAUACCGACGACGGUAUGAAUCUCAUGCAGCAGAUCAUCUCGACUGUCAUGGCUUGGGACACCUCAGAGUUCCAGAAGCGAGCGCAGAAGCUCGAGUCGUCCAGGGACGCGCCCGACAAGAAGGUCUUCAGAGUCAUCAAGGCCUUCGUCUACGGCUCACGCGACCGACAUGAGGCGGCCCGCAAUAUCUCCAUCCAAGAAUCCAAAUCUAUCAUCGCCGUCAUCCUCGAGACUGCGGAUCCGCCUGUGGAAACCGAGUCCAUCACCGAGACCCAGCACAGCGUCGCCAUGGAAUUUUACAGCAACUAUCUUUCUAUACGCGACCGUGAAGAACUCACCAAGAUUCUAUGCAAGCUACAGCCAGACCUGCUCACUUCAGCAAUUCGGGAUGCGGUCUCCGCAUACGAUCCAAUCAUCCGUGCGGUCCAUAACGCCGUAGACCUUUCCGCUACCAUCACAGACGCCGAAAACUUCCUCACGGAUCUCAUUAAGGUGUCUAAGCCUAAGAAGCCCAACGGCAGUGGAAGUCGAGCGGGGUCAAGAGCAAGCAGCCGGAGUAGUUCUCCGAGCCCCAAUGCUCCAGCUAGUGUCACUGACACAGCAGGAAAUGCGCAUAUCCCUACUGUUGAAGACUACGUCCAGAUACUGCGGAAGCACAUGCCCUCAUCACACAGAUUCCUACACCAGGUCGCCAAAAACGCUCCCGAUCUUACAAACCAGUACUACGAAUACGCGACAGCAGUGCUAGCAGAAUUCAAAGUCGACGACGCCGCGCGAUCCGCUGCAGAGAAAGGCGAGGCGGGGGCUGGAAACAUGACCGCCCCCCUUAACUCACUCUUCGCCACGCUGCCGUCCGAAAAGCAAACCGAGCUCAAGAUCCUCCUCGACAAACACAAAAAACAUCUCAAGCACCUCAAGCAGACCUCCAACACCCGCCUAAAAGCCAUCAUGGCCUCCUCCCGCCCCGCGCCCCUUAACGACUCAAAGCCCCCGCCCCACCCGCACACCCGCGGGACAACCCACGGCCCCGGCAUGUACCUCUCCCGCUGGCACUCGCUCCUCGACUCCGCCUACAUCACGCCCGCCACGCUCAACGGCCCCGUGCGCCGCGGCUGGCAAGUUAAGGGCGAGCUCGACGGCAAAGGCCUGAAGACGGGCACGAUGCUGAACAGCGCGAGCCAUAAGCGGGUCAACAGCAAGGACAAGAAUCAGAUUAUCAGUGUGGCGGAGGGCACGGGGGAUUUGCAGGAGCGCCGGGAGAGAAAACGGGAUGGCUUGGAGGAGGAUAGGGUUAGGGUUGUUUGGGAGGGCAUGCGGGAUGGGUGGGUCGGCGUUUGUAGGGGGCUGGAGAUUAUGGGGAUGGAGUAGGUGCGUGGCUGGAUGGGGAGUUUUGUGCGGCAUUGCUGGGUGCUGCAUGGAGUGCGGGGGUUUGCGUUGGAAUAGAGCAUAUAUCAGCAUUAUGCAAAUGCACCCCGCCUUGCAUGCUUGCCAUGCGAGUUUUCCGGUAUAGUGUUACAUUACACAGAUAUAUAUCCGACGAAGCACCUCACCGACCCGCAGCUCAAAUAUGCAUACACAGGAGUACC